AUGGAGAUUGAAUUUGCAGGAAUAGUGCAGCGGGGAAGAAAUGAGUUGACUAUGGUCACAGAUAGUGUAAAUGAGGCUGUGUGUAAGGUUGUUGUGUCGGCAAUGACUACAGUUAAGGUGAGGCUUCUGGCGACGAAGGCUUGGUGCAAUGUUCCCUUCUCCUACUCCUAG